AUGGUACGCUACGAACUCGAAGAACCGCUUUGUUCCAUAUGUGGUCUCAGUGUAGGCUUCUACAACCGCCGAGAAAGAACCUGGCAAAGUAUUGCCAUCGUGAUGCAAGGGCCCAGGCAUGCCGUUUCCAACGAUCAUCUCUCCUGGUGUAGAGCUACAGGAUAUCCAUAUCAGGGGUUAAGCCACUUUACACAACUUCCCUCACGAAGACCCGCUCUUAUACAUUCGAGCUACCGGUACAGCCCAACACUGGCUGUCCGAUCCGACUACCAUUUCCUUGGUUUUCACUGCGCUUGCAUUUCCAUUGCUUACCGAGUAAUCUUGACAUCACCCACAAACUCGCUGUACAACGCCAAAGAUGUCUGGAAUACGUUGAACCAGCGUUACAGAAAUGGUCCACCCAGCGAAGAGUAUUGGGACGACGUCCCACCCAUCCCUCAGAAGACUGCACAAGGAACAUGUUCUUGGACUAGAUACCCUGCUUACUAUCUUCCGACCUAUAUGCACUCGAGAAAAUUUGAAUGGUGGUCUGCCGAUCCGAUGCUUAUUCCCAACUUUACGGCCUGCCUACUGCGUAACUUACAGAGCUGUCCAAAGACUUCGCCAACCAAAAGGUCUCCGCUUCAGGACCAUCUCGAGAAUCUUCCCCAAGAACUGUAUGAUCAGAUAAAGGAAUUCGUCCAGCAAGGACCCAUGAGUAUACAGCCCACGGGUAUCUUACCCCAGUCGCUUUGGAAGGAAGCUUUCCUCAAGAUACCGUUUCUUUGGGACUUGGAUGUUGGAGAAGUCGAAAGGUUUCCCGAUUCGCCCCCGGAUCCAGACAAGGAAUGGGACUGGGAACAGUUAGUCCGCCGACUUAUGGCUCGUCCCAUUCAAGCUGAUCCACCGGCAUUGGAAUAUCUUAUGCCUGCCCCUUGGAAUUAUGGAAAAGCAGGCUUGGAGCUGCCCCAAGGGUUGACAAAUCGACGACGAAUCUGGCAGAUUGUGGACGACAUGGACCCCAACGAACUCGAUGGGUGGGAGGGCGAGACCUAUGGUCCCUCUGAAGAGACAGCAGCUGCGGCUUGA